AUGAGGCCAAUUCUUAUUCGUCCGAAUAGAGCUUGCCCUGAACCAGACAAAGGCUCUUGUGCGGGUUAUAAUACGGCAUCGAUUUCUUCGAGGGCCUUCUUUCCACAAUUGAAAAGCUUAGUCGAUCUGGCUACCCAAAGCCUUGCCCUCACGAUGUCUAACUCUCCUCGGAUCAUUCAUAUGGGUCAAGCCCUGGAUAGAUCGGACAGGGUCCAGCGGGCCUGCGAUCGAUGCAAUAAUUCUCGCACUCGGUGUAGCGGUGAAGCUCCCUGUGGACGUUGUGCUAAGCUGAACUACCCUUGCCAGUACAAGCGUGCAGUGAAAAGGCGCGGUCCCAAGCCCCGGGCUGCUCAGGACAAACUCCAUUCCAAGAACCAUUGCUCGAAUUCAUCAACCACGAGACAGACGUGUACUUCAAGAUCAGACGGUGCCAACGAUAAUACUCGGCACAGCAGCAACGGAUCACUGUCCACAGCUUCGGACUGGGACGACAAUGGAACUGACUCCCAAAGCCAUGGUAGCACGCCAGACACUUCCUUCACUUUUGAAGGAUCUGACCGGCCACUGCAUUCAACAGAAUGCUCGAUUCCAUGCGAGGCGAACACUUCCAGCUACAGCACGCUCUCACUCGACCUGCCGGCACUUUCCACCAGCAAUGGAUCCCUCAAUGACAGCCUGACGUGUCGAUAUCCUUGCCUAGAUCAGGUUCUCCCAGCUCUCCAAGGCAUCGUAAGUCCGGAAGACGCUUGCAGUCUACUUGAUAUCUUCUUUGCAGAUCCAGACACCGUGGGCUCACACGACCGCUGUCCCUACGUUAUGACUGCAAUAAUCCGCAAGAAAUCGCUGCUUCGACAAAAGGCCCCACGACCAGUGUCGCCUGCUUUACUGGUAACUAUCCUUUGGUGUAUAUCGCAUACAGCAAACCUGGAAAUUUUCCGAGAUGCCCGUGCCCGUUCCAAAGUGAUCCAACGUCUCUAUUUGUUGUCGAUAAAGCUGUUGCGAGCCAGGGAGUCGAAUAGCUGGCACCGCACCACUAGUGGCUGGGUUGCUGAACCUGACCUCUCCCCGUGUACAACAGCUCCCGAGACGGAUUAUGGUCCAAUAUCGGAGAGUAACCGCGAGCAGAAUGUCGACGACGUGAUCAGUUACAUCCUGCUUGCAUGUGUGAUAUCAGGAACGGAGUCCAAAUAUGAAUAUAUGCGGUGGUGGAACAAAGCCGUAUACCUGGUGAAGAGGCUGGGUUUCAAUUCCGAAGCACGAAUAGCUCAAGAUACCCCAUCAUCGCAACAAAUGUCCCUUGCUUCACGAGAACAGCACGAGGAAUGUCGAAGAGCGUUUUGGCUAGUCUAUACCCUAGAUCGACAUUUUGCGUUAUCCUUCGGGGAGCCCCUACACAUCCACGACUCCGAAUGUCAAGUGCUGUAUCCAUUGCCAGAGUGGAUAUGGAGAAAUCUCGACAGUAUCCCCCUUGAGGACAUUCCUCCUCGAGUCUGUGGACCUCCAAUCCGAAUAUCGGGUACCGGGUUCUUGGAUUACUUUCUCCCCCUCAUGGCCAUACUCGGGGAUAUUCUCGAGUUGCGUUCACGGGCUCAACACCCUCGCCUGGGAAACCCCAACGAGGCCUAUCUGACGGGCAUCAUCCAGACAAUGCUGUCUGACUGUGAAUAUAGCCUGGAUGUCCUGCGGGCCGUGAGGGCGCCGCAGUCUGCCUUUCCCACUGCUCCUUUAUCCCUCGAUGGCACGGAUGAGCAGCCGGUAUAUCCCGCCUGUACGACCACGGAUGUCGUGAUUGCAUACAGCCAGUACAUACUCCGUGUAUUACAUAUGCUUCUCUACGCAGAAGGUAAUAACAUCGACUCCUCCAGCUGUGCUCUUUCGCCAGACCUGUUCACGACCACGGCCAACUCUAUAACAGCCGCGGAGGCAAUCGCCCACAUUCUAGACCUGGACAGCAACCUCUCAUUCAUGCCAUUUGUAUUCGGCAUAUAUCUCUCCCAUGGCAGUCUGAAUUUCCUCUCCGUUGCCGACCAGAUGUCCCGUGUUGGCGCGAGUGAUUUGGCAACGCAGGGCUGUGGAACUAUUCUUCGAGCCCACGAGGUGGCAACACGAACAUUUAAUUCAUCAUUCCAGAAGAACUUCACUCGGACUGUGCGGCAGUACGCCUGCAUGGUAGGUGGGAUGAGUGCUGGCGAUAUGCAAGGGCACAAGUAUAACGAGGUUUUUGCAUUGAAGUCAGAUUUUUAUGAUAGUAUAUACGCUUAA